CAUCUCGCGGGAUCGGACCCCCAGCGCCGCCGACCGCCGUCCUCACUCCCUGCCCCCCCACGCCGCCACACGAACCACCUCAGCUCCCUGCGCCACUACCCUCGGCCUGCCGCCGCACGCCUCCCGCGCUGUCGUUGUCAGCCCUCCGCUCCCCGAGACGCCGCACGCUUCCCGCGCUGUCGUUGUCAGCCCUCCGCUCCCCGCGACGCCGCCCUUGGCUUUCUGCCCACCGACGUAUCGACAGCGCCGCGUCCGCCCCACUUUUCCGUUCGAUUUGGUGGGCCGAGGUCUCUCGCUCGUGGAGUCGUAGUACAGCGCUUCCCGCACGGCGAUGUCGGCGACGCCGCUGCCCCCGCCGGGCCCCGAUGGCGCGGUGGCGCUCCUGCCUCCGCCGGGUACGGACAUGACUGGGAUCUGCUUCCGCGACCAGCUGUGGCUCGACACUUACCCGCUCGAUCGCAACCUCGUCUUCGACUACUUCGCGCUCUCCCCCUUCUACGACAUCACCUGCAACAACGAGUCCCUCCGAUCGCGCCAAAUCCACCCCCUCGACAUGUCUCAUCUGACGAAGAUGACCGGGAUGGAGUACCUUCUGAGCGAAGUGAUGGAGCCGCACCUAUUUGUGAUCCGGAAGCAGAAGCGGGAGAGCCCCGAGAAAUCUAGCCCCAUGCUCGCCUACUACAUCCUUGACGGCUCCAUCUACCAGGCGCCACAGCUCUGCAACGUCUUCGCCUCACGCAUAAGCAGGGCUAUGCAUCAUAUAUCAAAAGCCUUUACCAUAGCAUGUUCAAAGUUGGAGAAGAUUGGAAACGUGGAAACCGAGCCCGAUGCAGUAGCCUCUGAAUCAAAGACCCAAAAGGAAGCAAUCGACCUGAAGGAACUCAAACGAAUUGAUCAUAUCCUGUCAUCCUUGAAACGGAAGAUAGGGGCUGCUCCUCCCCCACCCCCUUACCCCGAGGGCUAUGUCCCACCAUCAGCAGAACAAGAGAAAGCGCCGGAUGAUGUGGCAGCAUCAGAGGCACCGCCUCAACUUGACCCUAUCAUUGAUCAAGGUCCUUCGAAAAGACCAAGAUUCCAAUGAAAGAUUUGUAGCUUAAACCUGCUGACUCGACAACUUCCUGUAUGCUUUAAAGUCGCCGACGUGGACUUUAUAAAUCCAUUCUUGCUGGUUGGUUAUUUACAGGCCAAAGACAGAACUAACCUCGUGGCAUGAUAUCUCGUUCUCUGAGUUACUAGCUUGAAUCUUGUAGAUUGGCCAGUGCCAUUUGCUCCGGGCUUGUAAUCUUGUAGAUAGGCCAGUGUCAUUUGAUCUGGUCUAUCUACUUAGCUAUCAUAACUUAUGAGGUGGUUAUAGUUUUGCCUUGGUGCAAAUCUGCAAGACUGGACAUCUCAUACAUUAUUUACUAUGCAUACUUACGUGGAUUUGUCAAGUCAUAUGACCUGAUACAGACGGUGACGGUCACCAAUUGGAACUGCCAUUUUCUGUUGGUGUGG